CAAACUACAAAUAGUGCCAUUUUCAUUAGAGCGCAAAAGAAAAAGUAAAAACAUCACCCUGAAUGUGAUUGAAAACAAAUAAUUAAGCAUAAAAUGGCCCUUCAAAGUGAUCAUUUAGAUUUUUCUGGCUUAUUUAAAUUAGAUGUAUUGAUACAUCUCGAUAUUACUACUUACAGUUUUUAUGAAGUGGGUCAUAAAAAGUUUUUUGCAUUUACCAGUGAUAAAGAACUGGUGUUUAUGUAUAUCAAUCCUCAGUUAGAAAGGUUUGAAAAGAAUUAUGACUGGGAUUUCUUCGACAAUCCAAUUUAUUGUAUGUGUUUUGAACCAAGUGGUACAUGGGUGAUAAUUGUUAGUGAACAAAAGGUUCUACUAGUGCCAUAUCUUCCUCUUUUCAUUCCUCAAAACACAUUUGAUCAUAAGUGGUCACUAUCAAGAGUUACUGUUUUGCCACUGGGAAAUAUAUCCAAACCAACAUCUUUAGUGUGUUGGUUGACUAAGGAAUCUGAGAGUGUAUUGAUUAUUGGAUCAAAGUUGGGUACAAUAACAUUUUACUCCCUAGACUCACAAACCAUUGUAGGAGAGUGCAAAGUUCCAGGAGAAAUAACAGACUUACAAAUAUGUUUUGAUGAUUCUUUAGACUUGUUAACACUCUUGAUAUCAAUUAGUUCAGCCCAACAGUGUAAGUUGGUGUUGGAGCAUCGAUCAUUCGGCUACAACUGGUUGCAACAAACUCGAGCACAAAAUGAUAAAGAUAAAAGAGACAGCUUCAUGUCUUACAUCAAGCAGUUAUCUAAGGAUAAAAUUACUUUCUUUAUACAAGGUGGUUCAAAAGAUGAUAAUAAGUCACAAACAGUAGAAUAUGUUUUGAAACCAACAGAGUAUUUGCCUCUAUUUCGUAAAGGCUCCAACAGCUGGGCAUUGACAGCACAAUAUGUUAAUGGGCGACAUUUUCUCACGGCCUUUGAAUUAACUGAGGGAACCCUAAUUUUAGAAAGUCCAGAAGAAGAUACACCCUCAAGAACUUUAAGGCCUCAUAUCAAAAAGGAUGGUUUAUACAUACAGGGUCUAUGGUCACAGAGAAUCAUAUACCUAGUGAGAAAGAAAGAAAUAGAGGUGCACUCUGCUAGUUUUUCUGUUAUUCAGGGUGAAGCUCUACUAGGCGCUAAAAGGGAUACGUCAGAGCUUUGGCGAGCAGAACUAAUUGGUGAUGUGAAGCGAGCGCACUUGAUGUCAGCUCGCGAGCCUCCCGCCAUGGCCGGCGGAUGGCGUGAGCCUACCUUCAUGUGUGACUUGCAACUGCCACGGUUCAGUCUUGAGUCUUGCCUCAUAGUCACCAAUAAGGGAGCUUACAUUCUUAAUACAGUGAGUGAGGCAUGUGAAUGGUUGGUAGGUGUAAUAAUGCGUGGUGGGGUUGGCGCGGAACAGUCUUGCGCCGCGCUAGGAGCGCCGCUACCUGCCUUACUGCGCGCCGCCGCAGACAUGUUACUGUCUCGCGGCAAGAUGCAGCCUGCGUUAUACCUGUACUCGUUGUCACAAAGUCAGCCAGAUGGAUGGGUUGCUCGUCUUGGAGUGUUCGGUCGACUUAACGAAUUAGCAGCUUACAAACAGACCGGCAAUAUAGGCAGUCUUGGCGACGCUGCCAUAACGGUCAAACUUCUAGCUGCAUUGCUAAAUAUGACUAUUGAUAACCAGGAUAAUUUAGAUCCUGACAUCAAGUUAACAGCGUUGAGUCCAAUAGAAUUACUGGAGUUAUCGUCUUUUGCUGCGUCAGUGGGUCUCUGGGACAUGCUACCAAUGUUCAGCAUUCAUCGCGGAUACCCUAACGUGUUACUCUCGGCCUUAAAGUCCCGAAGUGAUAUCUGUCGCGGAGCCAUCAACUGCCUACUAGGACAACGGUGCUUAGUACCAUUGUUACUAGAAGAAAAUGGACAAUGGCUAUUUGAUUAUAUCGUCGAAAACUGUAAAAAGUUCGACACUACUAUUUUGAAGUGUUUGUCGUUAUGGUUGAACCCAUUACAAGAUCAGUUACGACCAGUAAUGCGCGAUUUGAAACAAGGAAUAACUUCUAUUUAUACAACUAGGUUACAGCAAUUGAUUGCAACUUUCAUACACAUUGCAUGUGUCAUAGAUGCAAGGGAUCCAUGCACAGAGAUACAUUUGGAGGUUACACAAACUCCCGAGACUUGGAAGAAUCAAUUUACUCCUAAAAGAGGUUUAAGUUGUGGACUAGCACAUUGGGCAGUUGUCGACGAGGGUAAUGCGAAGAUAAUGAUGACAAAUACUCCAAUAAAUACUGAACUGAUCGGUAGAGUCAUUGACGUGGCGUGCGGCAGACAUCAUACGUUGGUGUUGACCGAAAAUGGGAUAUACGCGGCAGGGGAUAAUUCGUACGGACAGUUGGGCGUUGGUGCGGCGUGGUCUGGCGGAGUGGGCGAGGCGGCCGUAUCUAGCGGCGCGCUGUGUCCCACCGCCGGGAACUUCACCGCGCCACUUGUAUCAUUGGCCGCUGGACACUAUCAUUCCGCUGCCCUUGAUGUCGGCGGACGACUUUAUACUUGGGGAUGGGGUGUCCAUGGUCAACUAUGUCACGGCAGUAUUGAUGACGAAUGGAUACCAAAGUUAGUCACGAAGUUCCAAGGUAGAAAGGUAUUGAGUGUUGGAUGCGGGGCCUGUCACACUGUUGUACUUAUGAAGAACGGUGAAGUUUGGGCCAGUGGCGCCGGUGUCUUCGGCCAACUCGCCACGGGAGAGCGUUACAAGUCCUCAGUACCUGUACGCGUGCGCCUACAAGACCCUGCUAAGUCCAUAGCUGUUGGAUAUUUCCAUAACUUGGCGUUAACAAGUAAGGGUGAGGUGUGGAUAUGGGGGGCGAGUCCGCAACAAGUCCGCGCGGCGGCGGCGCGGCGCCAGGCCGACGCCGACUCGUCGCCGCCGCCCGUCUCGCCCGCCUCGCCUGCGCCCGCCUCGCUCGCCUCGCUCGCGCCCGCCACCCCGCAACCCGACCCACAUCUACUACCACAGCUACUCGACACUACCAACAUACGCGGAGAAAUCGUGCAGAUGGCGGCCGGUUGGCAUCAUUCAUGUUUACUGAAUAAUGCUGGUACAAUGUACACCUGGGGUCUCAACUUCGAUGGACAGUUAGGUAGCGGAGACCGAAAGCAAAUUAUAAUACCAACCGAAGUAAAAAUAGUCACAGAUUCUCAAACAGAAAUUGGUAAAAAUAACAACGUUAAAACACCAGACAGUGAAAUUAAAGAUUUUAAAACAAAUGCACUCGUAGCUUGUGGAGGCGACUUUACAGUUUAUAUUGACAAUGAUGGCAAAAUAUUCGCCUCUGGCACCACUCACGUGCAGCAUCAAAGCGAGAAGGACAAAGGAGGCAAUCGCGUGAUAAUGAUGAAAACAACAAAACGCGUUAUUAGAAUCCCAGCAAGUCGCAGCAGCAACAAAUUCUUAUUCCAACCUAUCGACAGAAUUGAUAUCAUGUUUCCCUUCGAUAUCGAAGAUUUGCAAAGGAAUCCAAUCGAAGCCAGGCUAAACCCACUAGCUUCCAUGGCAGAUUUCAAAAAGAAAUCGUGGGCUGACGAUAUGAUCCUUAUACUGAAGCCAUGGCUAAGCCAGGACAACUUCAAAGAUAAUUUAAACUUGGCGGCCAAGUUCGCAUACCAUAACAAAAUAUAUUCGGAAUGUUUAAGGUUGUUAUUAGAUCACUUAAAAUGUGAAGUACAAAGUGAUCAAACAUACGCGACUCACACUACUAUAGAAGAAGAUCGAGAAACGAACACACCAUCUACUUCUUCUAAGCAAGACCAACUGAAAUUGGCAAUAAAGAGUAUUAUAGCGAAUCGUAUCAAAGAAGUUUCGAUGUCUAUACUUAAUGAAGAGCCGUAUCCGCUGAUAGAUACAUCCGUUUUCAAAACUCUGCCUUGUUGUUGCGAUGAAUUAAAAUACCGCAAGAAAGGAGCAUCUUCGAAAACGACUGUGAACUUAUCAGAAACUGAUAUUUCUGUAAAAGCAGCUGAGAGAAUUGACAAAUGUAUGAGCAUAUUCCCGGUAGAUACAGAGUUGUGGGAAUUAUGUUUCCGACUUUCUAAAAAUUACUUUUUAGAAAAUCACCUGUCUAUAUCAAAGCUGGAGGUUGUGUUGCGUAAGUAUAUGGAAUCUAAUGCCACAACGAUGGCAGCAGCCAUUAUGUACUCGAAUGAUUGUAAUCAAUACAGCAAAAUACUUUCACCAACAUUUUACUUGAAUAUGUGCAAUCAAGUUUUAGAUACUUGGGGUUGAUCCUCAGACUAAUACUCUUAUUUAUUCACUUAU